AUGUCAAAGGUACUAGACAGAAAGAAAGGAUACUUGGUCCUUGAGGACGGAUCAAAGUUGGAGGGUUUCGUAUUUGGUGCCGAGCGUAGCGUACUUGGAGAGUGCGUGUUCAGCACUGGUAUGGUUGGCUAUCCAGAGUCCAUCAGUGACCCAUCGUACACUGGCCAGAUCCUGGUGUUCUCCUACCCACUGAUCGGCAACUACGGUGUGCCAAGCUUCAAGGAGGUCGACCCCAACUCCAAGCUGCCAGUCAACUUUGAGUCCGACAAGGCGCACUGCCAGGCCAUCAUCGUGUCCGACUACACCGACGACUAUUCACAUUGGGCCGCCGAGCGUUCGCUGUCCGAGUGGCUCGCCGAGGCCGGCAUCCCAGGUCUCUACGGAAUCGACACCAGAGCACUCAUCACCAAGAUCCGUGAGACCGGCUCGCUCAAGGCCAAGGUCGUCAUGGCCAGCGACAUGGACGUCAUGGUGCCCAAGCCAUUCGAGGACAUCAACCUGCGCAACCUCGUCGCCGAGGUCUCCACCAAGACCAUCCGCACCUUCCAGGCUGCCGCCAACGUUCGCAAGAACAAGCGCAUCAUCGUGCUCGACUGCGGUGUCAAAUACAACCAGCUGCGCUGUCUGCUCAACCGCGGCAUGGACCUCAAGGUCGUGCCAUGGGAUUACGACGUCGUCGCCAACGAGAAGGACCAGGACUGGGACGGUCUGUUCAUCAGCAACGGUCCAGGUGACCCCUCGCUCUGCGGUGUCGCCAUACAGAACAUCCGCAAGGUGCUCCAGCUGCCAAACGCUAAGCCAGUGAUGGGUGUCUGCAUGGGCAACCAACUGCUCGGACACGCCGCCGGCGCCAAGACACACAAGAUGCCCUUUGGAAACCGUGGCCUCAACCAGCCAUGCGUCGACCAGAAGAGCGGCCGCUGCCACAUCACCUCGCAGAACCACGGCUUCGUCAUCGACACCGAGUCGCUGCCAGAGGGCGCCGGCUGGAAGACAUAUUUCAUCAACGCCAACGACUUCUCCAACGAGGGUAUCUACCACGAGACCAAGCCAUGGUUCUCCGUGCAGUUCCAUCCAGAGGCACGUGCCGGUCCCACCGACACUGAGUACCUGUUCGACAACUUUGUCGCCUUUGUCCUCGGUGCCCCACACACCUCGCCAAUGAACCACGCCAAGCGCAUCGAGCAGCCAAAGGACAUCAAGAAGGUCCUGUUGCUCGGCUCUGGUGGUCUGUCCAUCGGCCAAGCCGGUGAGUUUGACUACUCUGGCUCGCAGGCCAUCAAGGCACUCAAGGAGGAGGGCAUCAAGACCAUCCUCAUCAACCCUAACAUCGCCACCGUGCAGACCUCGCCAGGUCUCGCCGACAAGGUCUACUUCCUGCCAGUGAACGCCGCAUCUGUCACCAAGGUCAUCAUCAACGAGAAGCCAGACGGUAUCCUCGUCACCUUUGGAGGUCAGACCGCCCUCAACUGUGGUAUCGAGCUCUACAAGACUGGUAUCCUCGAGAAGUACAACGUCAAGGUCAUGGGUACACCCAUCGACACCAUCAUUGCCACUGAGGAUCGUGGCAUCUUUGCCGAGAAGCUUGCCGAGAUCAACGAGCAUAUUGCACCAUCGAUGGCCUGUGACACCCUUGCUGAGUCACUUGUCCAAGCCGAGCGCAUCGGCUAUCCAGUCAUCUGCAGAGCUGCCUACUGUCUAGGUGGAUUGGGUUCAGGAUUUGCCUACAACAGAGACGAAUUGACCAACUUGGUCACAGAGGCCUUGGCCACUUCCAAUCAAGUGUUGAUCGAGAAGUCGCUCAAGGGAUGGAAGGAGAUUGAGUACGAGGUUCUUAGAGACAGCCACGACAAUUGUAUAACAGUCUGCAACAUGGAGAACUUUGAUCCACUGGGAAUUCACACCGGCGAGUCUAUCGUCGUCGCACCAUCGCAGACUCUGACCGACAGAGAGUACCAAAUGCUGCGUGAGGUCGCCAUCAAGACCGUCAGACAUUUGGGCGUUAUUGGUGAGUGCAACAUCCAGUACGCUCUCAACCCAGACUCUGAGGAGUACUGCAUCAUUGAGGUGAAUGCCCGUCUCUCCCGUUCGUCCGCCCUGGCCUCUAAGGCCACAGGUUACCCAUUGGCCUUCAUCUCGGCCAAGGUUGCCCUCGGCUACGACCUCGCCACACUGCGCAACACCAUCACCAAGAAGACCACCGCCUGUUUCGAGCCAUCUCUCGACUACCUCGUCGUCAAGAUGCCACGUUGGGACCUGAAGAAGUUCAACCGUGUCAGCAACAAGAUCUCCUCAUCCAUGAAGUCGGUCGGAGAGGUCAUGUCCAUCGGCAGGAAGUUUGAGGAGGCCAUCCAGAAGGCCAUUCGCAUGGUCAUGGACGGCGGUGUCGACGGUUUCCAGCCCGGCAUCUACAAGACCUCUGACGAGGAGCUCGAGCAUCCAACCAACAACCGUAUCCUCGUGUUGGCCAGCGCCUUUGCCGACGGUUACACCGUUGAGCGCGUGCACCAGCUGACCAAGAUCGACCGUUGGUUCCUCACCAAGCUCAAGGACAUCAUCGAGUUUGACAAGUUCCUCACACAGUACAGAGAGAAGCAGCUCCCCACCGAACUGUUGGUUCACGGCAAGCAGCUCGGUUUCUCAGACAAGCAGAUUGGUCGCGCCAUCGGUUCGACCGAGCUUGCUGUUCGCGAGAUGAGAAAGGCCAACAACGUGCUGCCAAUCAUCAAGCACAUCGACACUGUUGCCGCCGAGUUCCCCGCUCAGAACAACUACCUGUACAUGACAUACAACGCCACCGAGCACGACAUUGAGAUCAAGGAGAAGGCCUACAUCACCCUGGGCUCUGGCGCCUACCGUAUUGGUUCGUCAGUCGAGUUUGAUUGGUGCGCCGUCUCGUGUAUCCGUACUCUGCGCAGCCUUGGCCAGAAAUCCAUCAUGAUCAACUUCAACCCAGAGACCGUGUCGACCGACUAUGACGAGUGCGACUACCUCUUCUUUGAGGAGCUGUCUUUGGAGCGUGUGCUGGACAUCUACGAGCUCGGAGGUCCCGACUCGAACAACGGAGUUAUCCUGUCCGUAGGAGGUCAGAUCCCCAACAACCUGUCCAUCCCACUGUCUCGCUGCAACGUCAAGGUGCUGGGCACUCACCCAGACAUGAUUGACAGUGCUGAGAACCGUUACAAGUUCUCGCGUCUGCUCGACACCAUUGGCAUCGACCAGCCCCUCUGGAAGGAGCUGUCCAGCGUCGAGGACACCAAGACCUUCUGUGAGUCCGUCGGCUACCCAUGCCUUGUGCGUCCAUCCUACGUACUCUCUGGUGCCGCCAUGAACGUCGUGCACUCCUCGUCCGACUUGGAGAACUUCCUGUCUGAGGCUGCCGCCGUGUCGCGCGACCACCCAGUCGUCAUCUCCAAGUUCAUCCAAGAGGCCAAGGAGAUCGAGAUUGAUGCCGUCGCUGACAAUGGUCAGAUCGUCCUGUUUGCCAUCUCCGAGCACAUUGAGAACGCCGGAGUGCACAGUGGUGACGCCACCGUCGUCUGUCCCGCCCAGGACCUCGACAACAACACCAUCGCCAAGGUUGAGGAGACUGCCCGCAAGAUUGCCGCCGCUCUCGCAGUCAGUGGUCCAUUCAACAUCCAGUUCAUCGCCAAGAACAACGAGAUCAAGGUCAUUGAGUGCAACCUGCGUUGCUCUCGUUCCUUCCCAUUCGUCUCCAAGACUCUCAACGUCGACUUCAUCGAGAUGGCCACCAAGAUCAUCACUCGCACACCAUACAAGAUCCCUGUUCUUGACGAGGUCAACUUUGUCGGAGUCAAGGUGCCACAGUUCUCCUUCAUCCGUCUCAAGGGUGCCGACCCCGUGCUCGGAGUGGAGAUGGCGUCCACUGGAGAGGUUGCCUGUUUCGGUAACACACGCGAGGAGGCCUACAUCAAGGGUCUGAUCUCCACCGGCUUCAGAGUGCCAGAGAAGAACGUCCUGCUCUCGAUCGGUUCGUUCAAGGAGAAGACCGAGUUCUUGCCCGCCGCCAGAAAGCUCGUCGAGUACGGCUACUGCCUGUUCGGUACCAAGGGUACCUCCGACUUCUACCAGGAGCACAACGUGCCCAUCACCCAGCUCGACUGGGACGAGGAGGUCGCUGGCGACAACAUCACCAAGAAGAUGACCGACAACACCAUCCAUCUGUUCAUCAACUUGCCAUCCAAGAACAACUACCGCCGUCCAUCAUCAUUCAUGAGCCGUGGUUACUCACUGCGUCGUGUCGCUGUCGACUUCCAGGUGCCACUCAUCACCAACAUCAAGUGCGCCAAGGUCUUUGUCGACUCGAUCCCCUUCAUGCGCGGACCAAUGGCCCUCGACAAGGUCGACUGCCGUUCAUCCAACAAGACCAUCAUCCUGCCAGGUCUCGUCGAUGUCCACGUACAUCUGCGUGAGCCAGGUGCAACCCACAAGGAGGACUGGGACAGUGGAACGUGCAGUGCCCUCGCCGGAGGUUUCACCAUCGUCGGUGCCAUGCCAAACACCAACCCAGCUGUCAUGAACGCCGAGACCUUUGAGGUGUGCAGCAAGCUCGCUCAGGCCAAGGCCCGCUGCGACUAUGGUAUCUACGUCGGUGCCACCUACACCAACACCACCACCGCCGCCUCGCUCGCCAACGACUCGAUGGCCAUGAAGAUGUACCUUGAGGAGACCUUUGCCACUCUGCCACUGAGAGACGACAUCAACGCCUGGAGAGACCAUGUCAUGAACUGGCCUGGCACCACACCAAUCUGUGUGCACGCCGACGGUCGUAACUUGGCUGCCAUCAUGGUCCUUGGAUUCAUGUACAACAAGCACAUUCACGUCUGCCACGUCUCCCACAAGGAGGAGAUCGACAUCAUCCGUGACGCCAAGCUCAGAGGCAUGAAGGUGACCUGUGAGGUGUCGCCCCACCAUCUGGUGCUCUGCCAGGAGGAUAUCCCAAGAAUUGGCGCCGGCCAGUCUGAGGUGCGUCCCAAGCUUGGAACGCCUGAGGACAAGAAGGCACUCUGGGACAACAUCGACUACAUCGACAUGAUCGCCACCGACCACGCCCCACACACCUACGAGGAGAAGUGCUCCAACAACCCACCACCAGGCUUCCCAGGUCUCGAGACCUCGCUGGCCCUCAUGCUCACUGCCGUCCACCAGGGCAGACUCACCAUCGAGAAACUCAAGGAGAUGAUGCACUACAACCCAAUCAAGAUCUUCUCUCUGCCCGAGCAGCCAGACACCUACAUUGAGGUCGACAUGGACGAGGAGUGGGCCAUCCCAAAGAAGCCCGCCUUCUCCCGCUGUGGCUGGACCCCAUUCGAGGGCGUCAAGGUCCGCGGUCGUGUUGUCCGUGUCGUCUUGAGAGGCAAGCUCGCCUACCUCGACGGCAAGAUCCUCGUCCCCGCUGGAUACGGUCAGAACGUCAGAGAUGUUAAGCCAGCCGUUGUCAAGAGCGCUGUUCAGUCCGCCCCACACUUGUCUGCCGCCCCAACCCCAUCCGUUGAGCUGUCACCCAAGAGACGCCCAAUGCAGCUGCUGCCAGGCCAAGUCCCAAGCCAGCCACUCGUCGGCACUUCAAUGAAGAAGGACGACGCCAUCCAGGUUCUGCACCACGCCUCGGACGCCUCACUCUACGGCAAGCACGUCUACUCUGUCAAGCAGUUCACUCGCAAGACCCUGCACAACCUCUUUGGUCUGGCCCACGAGAUGCGUCUCCAGGUCAAGGCCAACGGUGGAUCAGACAUCCUCGCCGGAAAGAUCCUGGCCACACUGUUCUACGAGCCAUCAACCAGAACCCAGUGCUCAUUCAUCGCUGCCUUUGAACGUCUCGGUGGCAAAUGUAUUUCAGUCGACGCUGCCUCAUCCUCGAUCGUCAAGGGUGAGACUCUUCCAGACACUGUUCGCACUCUCGAGUCCUACGCCGACGCCACCGUCAUCAGACAUCCACAGGUUGGCUCGAUCAACACCGCCAUCAAGUUUGCCAAGAAGCCAAUCAUCAACGCUGGUGAUGGCAUUGGCGAGCACCCAACCCAGGCCCUACUCGACGUCUUCACUAUCCGUGAGGAGCUCGGAACCGUCAACGGCCUCACCAUCACACUGAUUGGAGAUCUGAAGAAUGGCAGAACCGUCCACUCACUGGUCCGUCUUCUCUCACUCUACCAGGUGAAGCUUAACUACGUCGCACCCAAGUCGCUGUCCAUGCCCGAGGAGAUCAUCGAGGAGCUGGCCGCCAAGGGAAUAGAGCAGCACCAAUACGAGAAGCUCGAUGCCGUCCUGCCAAUCUCCAACGUCCUCUACGUCACCCGUGUCCAGAAGGAGCGCUUCACCGAUCUGGCCCAAUACGAGGCUGUCAAGGACGCCUACAUCAUCACACCCCAGACACUCACCAAGGCCAUGGACAACAUGAUCGUCAUGCACCCAUUGCCACGCGUCAACGAGAUCUCUGUGGAGGUUGACUCUGAUCCAAGAGCAGCAUACUUUAGACAGAUGGAGAAUGGCAUGAAGGCCGUUGAUCUAAUCACCGAGAUCUACGGCGAGGAUGGCGCCGCCACCUCUGACCCUCCCGAGAUACGCAAGGCCUUCCACUCGUUCUACUCGAAGCUCUACACCAAAGGCGCUGACGACGCCGAUGAGCAUGAGAGACUCCUGUCCCACUGGAGCCCGGACUGCCGGGAACACCUCCAGCCGCUCGAGGAGCCCAUCACGGCCGAUGAGGUCUUCUCCGCCAUCUCCACCACGGAUACCUCAAAGUCUCCAGGCCCAGAUGGACUCACUGGUCAGUUCUACGUGACACACGCCGAGGUCCUUGCCCCCUUCCUCGCCACCACGUUCAACAACAUGCUGCUCGACCCUGAGACCAUCACCAGUGACUUCAAGUGUGGAAUCAUCCACACCAUCUUCAAGAAAGGCGACAGGCUGGACAUUGCCAACAGACGUCCCAUCACCUUACUCAACGUGGAUUACAAGCUCCUCAGCAAGGUCAUCAAUGCCAGACUCACCAAGCUCCUCGACAGUCUGAUCAACCCAUUGCAGAAUGGCUUCGUCCCUGAGAGACUGAUCCACGACAACACCAUCCUACUGCAGGAAGUCAUCGACACGGCUGCCCAAGACAUGGCCACUGGCUAUGUCACGCUGUUUGAUUUCCAGAAGGCGUUCGACUCCAUAUCGCAUGACAGCAUCGAGCGCACUCUCCGCCAUGUCGGCAUCCCGCCAUUGAUGGUCGGGCUCGUCAUGGCCCUGCUGCGGGGCUCCGUGGCCAGAGUCAGCGUCAACGGCAUCCUCACUGAUGCCCUGCCCCUGGACAGGGGCACCAAGCAAGGUGACCCUCUCUCCCCGACGCUCUUUGUGCUGGUCAUUGAGGCACUGGCAGCAGCAAUCAACGCCGACCAAUCCAUCGUGGGCCUGCCUGUGUCACCGCCCCUCGACACAUUAGUCGACGGCAAGAAAGUCUCGACCGUCCGCAAGAAGGUCAAGCUUCUCCAGUUUGCCGACGACACUGCAGCGCUCACCAGGUCACUCGAGGAACUCUUGAGAGUGAUUGAAUGGUUCAAGGUCUUCUGCAAAGCCACCUCGUCAGCCAUCAAUGUCGACAAGUCUGUCCACAUUGUCCUGGGCGAUGCACCAACGUCUGAGCUCCCCUACCCAGUGGCCACCGAACCUGAAAGCCCCCAAGGCCACCGCCUACGGCUCCAACUUCAUCAACACGAUGGCACUGGACCGCGCCAGCUUCCAUUGGGAUGA